UAUAUGUCAUGAAAUACACAAACCGAAACUUCAGGAUUUGUGUCAGCAGCAAAGGACUCGACGUUGAACUGCUGGUGUCAAAAAUCAAUAAAGUAGACGCAGCAAAAAGGGACGGAGUCACACCCUUGGACCUGCAGGAGGGAAGGACAAGCUUGAGAGAACAGGCGCAUUGGGCAAGGUGUUGCAGUGGUGCAGGCGUCCCUUUCGCAGAGGGUAAUGCUGGCAAGUUUAGCAGCGGGGUAGUGAAAAGCAUCAGGGACGGUGGUGGUUUCGCUGCAUUUUCUUGUAAACAUCUGGGGUGGACCGGAUGGCGUCUUCUACGGUGUCGUUGUCCUCGUCUUGCGCUGCCAGGGCCUUUACUGGCCAGAGGGCGGUGGCACAAAGGCCUCUUGAGAGUUGCAGAAGCGCCGCGCUGCUUGGCAGGGCAAACCUGCGGCCUUCUCAGCUCAGCCGCAGCAGCUUCGUCCAGAGGAGCAAUGUGGCGAUGCCUUUUGUCCGCCCAAGCAGCCCAGUGGUAAAGCCCGAGGAGGCCGACAGUGGGGCGGCUUCACAGCCGGGCGUCGUGCGGAGCAUGCUCAGCCCUCGGAGAGUGAAGCACCGGAAGCAGCACAGGGGCCGGUUGACGGGCAAGGCUUCGCGGGGGAACACCAUUGCCUUCGGGAGCUUUGCUCUACAGGCUCAGGAGCCAACAUGGAUCACAGCCCGCCAGAUUGAGUCGGGACGUAGGGCGAUGACUCGUUACGCCCGUCGUGGUGGCAAGAUCUGGAUCCGGGUUUUCCCUGACAAGCCCAUCACGAUGCGGCCGGCGGAAACUCGUAUGGGGUCCGGAAAGGGGUCCCUGUCGCAUUGGGUGGCUGUCGUAAAGCCGGGGCGGAUCAUAUAUGAGAUGGCGGGGGUGUCACCACAGGUGGCGCGGGCGGCUAUGGCGAUUGCUGCGCAAAAGAUGCCCAUCAAGGUCAAGUUCAUCACAAAGGAGGCCUAGGUUGUCUUCUUAUAAUGGGGCGUUUGCUGCACGGAAUGGAAUCAGAUGCUGAACAAGAGGGGGGAAAGGUAACGGCUCUGCUCUGAGCAGUCUGCCUGCUUUGGAAAGAAGAUUGGCACUUGCUUGGUGCAAGGUAUACUAAACCUGUCUGUAUGGAAGCGAGAAUGAGUUGGAAGGCCAAGGUCUGCAAAUGCACCCUUGGUAUGCGCAUGACGACCUCAAGGUCAAGUUAGCAAAUGUCUCAUCAAUGCUGCGCCAUGCAUGCUGCCUUUCAAACUAUG